AUGUCGGCCUCCGCCUACGCUGCGGCUCAUCGGCUGCGCGUGAAGACUUUGUACAAGGCAAUGCUGAAAGACUCGCUUGACUGGACGAUCCAGAGGGACCUCUGGCGGACUAAAGCCAUCGAGAUUCGCGCAAUGUUUGAGAGGAACAUGAAAAUCCAGGACCCGCGACGUGUAGAGAUCCUCAUGCAGGAGGCCGAGGCAGCCUAUGAGAAGAACAAACAUCCCGAUCCUCUGAUCUGGGCACAAUUCUACGGCGGUACAAGAUACGAGAGGAACUUACCCCCUCCCAUGGGUCCUCCUGUGGAAAGACAUUAA